CGAAUUGUGCCUUCAUUUGUGUAACCAAGUGUCAUCCUGCGCCCAGUCUGCGACUGAGGGCUCGUAUUGUCGAACAAGUGCAUAAGAGUGUCUGAUCUCAAAGGAUAAUCAAGGACUGUGACGGAUUUUUUUUUUGUUGAUAAGUGAUAACGUGAUAGAAGGAACCGCAACCAGAAUGAAAAUUAUCUUACUCAGUACCCUUGUGGCGGUAUGUUCGUGUGCUCGAUUGGACAACAACUACCUGCCUCCACCGGGAGCUGCAUCGGCUGGAGGUGGUCCCGGACUAACGGCUCCCGCACUGGGAGGUAGGCCGUCCGGAGGAGGUGGUGCCGGAGGAUUCGGUGGACGGCCUGGAGGAGCGGGAGGUGCUCCACAACGACCAUCGACUGCUUAUGGACCCCCAUCCGGAGGAUUUGGCGGAGGCGCUCCUUCCGCAUUCGGAGGAGGUGCACCAUCUGGUGGCUUUGGAGGUGGAGCUCCAUCCAGUGGAUUUGGAGGUUCUGGUGCUGGCGCCCCAGCAGCCCCAGCUGGUCCUCCAAUCGAGAUCAUUUCCUAUGAAAAUGUGAACAAUGGAGACGGUAGUUACAAAUUCAGUUAUGAAACUGGAAAUGGAAUUAAAGCUCAGGAAGAGGGUGAACUCAAGAACAAGGGAUCGGAAAAUGAAAUCCAAUCCGUCCAGGGAUCGUACUCGUAUACCUCACCCGAAGGUCAGGUCAUCACGUUGACCUACGUUGCCGACGAAAAUGGGUUCCAACCUCAGGGAGAUCAUCUGCCAACUCCACCACCAAUCCCGGAGGAAGUGUUGAAGGCUCAACAGGCGCACGCUGCUGCCCAUGCUAGUGCUGCCGCUGCUGGAGGUGGUGCCGGUGGUUCCGGAGGACAUGGAGGUGGUGCUGGAGGACAUGGAGGAGCUGGUGGUGCCGGUGGUUAUCCAGGAUCGGGACCAACGGGUGGCGGCUCUGGAGCCGGCUAUCCAUCUGGAGGACCACUGGCCAAUGCACGACCGGGAACUGGACGCCCCUCCGGAAGUGGAUCGUUCAGCCCACAAUCGGGAUACAAGUACUAGGGAUAUUAGGCAUAAUCAACAAGUGAAUCAUUUGAUCGACCGAUCUGAGCGAGCACUUACGCUUGAACUGUAAAUAUAGAGCAAACCGGCGGAGCUAAAAAAUAAAAGUCACGAUGUGUGAAUGAACUGCA